UCCAGCACAGGGAGAAGGCUGCAAAUGGGAUGAGGGUUAUAGGAAACCAGGGAAGGAGGAAGGUGGGGUCCCUGGAGUCACCCAAAGCAGGAGCCAGGAGAGAGACAGCCCCGCUGCCACCAUGUCUGACGAGGAAGCCGAGCAGGUGGAGGAGCAGUACGAAGAAGAAGAGGAGGCCCAGGAGGAAGAGGAAGUCCAAGAAGAAGAGAAGCCGAGACCCAAACUCACUGCUCCUAAGAUCCCGGAAGGGGAGAAAGUAGACUUCGAUGACAUCCAGAAGAAGCGUCAGAAUAAGGACCUCAUGGAGCUGCAGGCCCUCAUCGACAACCACUUUGAAGCCCGGAAGAAGGAGGAGGAGGAGCUGAUCGCUCUCAAGGAGAGGAUUGAGAAACGUCGCGCAGAGAGGGCUGAGCAGCAGAGGAUCCGUGCUGAGAAGGAGAGGGAGCGUCAGAACAGACUGGCGGAGGAAAAGGCCAGGAGGGAGGAAGAGGAUGCCAAGAGGAAAGCUGAGGACGAUCUGAAGAAGAAGAAGGCUCUGUCCUCCAUGGGCGCCAACUACAGCAGCUACCUGGCCAAGGCUGACCAGAAGAGAGGCAAGAAGCAGACGGCCCGAGAGAUGAAGAAGAAGAUUCUUGCUGAGAGACGCAAGCCGCUCAACAUCGACCACCUCAGCGACGACAAACUGAGGGACAAAGCCAAAGAGCUCUGGGACACCCUAUACCAACUCGAGACUGACAAGUUUGAAUUUGGGGAGAAGCUGAAACGCCAGAGAUACGAUAUCACCAACCUCAGAAGUCGCAUCGACCAAGCCCAAAAGCACAGCAAGAAGGCUGGAACCCCCGCCAAAGGCAAAGUCGGUGGGCGCUGGAAGUAGAGGGGCAGAGGACCCCCCAGGCAGAGACCCUCCAGCCCUGCUCUCCCUUGGGCCCACUCGCCACAUACCUCAUUCUCCAGCCCCCAAGACGAAGCUUCUUCUGUGGCUGCACAACAAUCUUGGGGGCAAAGGGGCCCUCUCGGAGCACCCCCUGCGUCUCUGUCCUUGCUGUUUCUGGCCUCCGGGGUCUGUGAAUAAAGCUGGCAGAUCCCCCUCCA